CUAGCUUCCUGGCAAGUGGUUUUCCUUAGAAGUGCUCCGCAGAGACUUCUGACGAUUAAAACAAAAAGAAAAAAGGGGGAUUUUAAAAACCAAAGCAAGGGGUGAGGAUGGAAAAGGAGAGCAAAGCAUCCACCCAGUAUGGAUCCCUGGAGUCAACCAAGUGGACAGCAGUCAGUUCGGGCACAGAGGAUGAAAUAGUAUGCAUGGCUGACUCCACAGCUACCAUUGAUGACAUUGAAGGAGAGCUUUUCAAAAUUGAGAGGAUUCGGGAAGUCCUGGUGCGGAGAGAGUCAGAGCUGAGAUACAUGAUGGAUGAUAUCCAGCUUUGUAAGGAAAUCAGCAGGUUGAAAAAGGAACUGCAGAAACUGAUUGCACUGCCUGAGAAUAAAAAAUCAAAAGAAGACAAGCAACAGGAGGAAGAGCUAGUGCAGCAGAUUCACAAACUCGUGGAGACUCGGGAUUUCCUUGUGGAUGAUGUGGAAUUUGAAAGGCUCAGAGAACGAGAAGAAGACAAGGAAAUGGCAGAGUUUUUGAAGACCAAGCUGUCUAAAACCUGCCUUCUGAAAACAGCUCCUGUAAAAGAGAAGAAGAUGACGUCAAGGGGACAACAGACCUCUACACCAUAUGUCACGAAGACAGGCCUCACCCUGCUGAAAGAGUGCUGCGGCUUCACCUGCUCAGUCAUGUAGGCUGGGGCUGUUGCCCAAAUCCCUUCCCCCAAACACAAGAUGCAGCUAGAGACCACCAGUGUAGUUUUGAAUAGGCCGUGGUUCCCACAAGGAGCUCACAAGUGCUGAAGAAUUCAGUCUACGUUGCU